AUGGCUUUAUCUAACGUAAAAGAUGUUCAAACAAAUAAUAAUCCUUCAUCUCUUUCACUCAAAUGGAUUAGUGGUAUGAAUGACACUGUACCAUUACUGAAUCUAUCUGUCAGUGGCAAAACUAGAUAUUUCUACGCAGCCGGAAAUGUUGGUAUUAUAGGUACAGGAAGUGGAAAAGCGCAAAAUCUUUUACAAGGUCAUAUAUCGAACAUUAAAAGUGCAGCAGUUUCAUAUGAUAAACAAUGGUUAGUUACGGCUGAAUCAAUACCAGAAACAUUUUUAAUUGUUUGGAAUACUUAUACAUUAAAACCGAUCAAAUAUUUAACGAAUAUACAUGAAACAGGUAUAAUUCGUAUAUGUAUAUCACGUGAUGGAAAAUUGAUUAGUAUAUUAACUGAAAUACCCGAUCAAAAACUUAUUCUUUGGCGUUGGUCUAAUACUGAUGUUAGUCCAAUUGUUUUACCAACAAUUUCAGUUAUUUGUGAACGUCAAUCAUGGUUUAAUAUGAUUGAAGAUCGAUCAAUUUUUUGUAGUAUUGGAAUGGAUUCUGUUAUAUUUCACAUUCAUAAUAAAGAUUCUGAUCGUUUUAAAUUAGAAGUUCAUUGUAAUAUUCAACGAAAACUUGGUCAACAAAUUAAUUCAAUCAUUUUUUGUUAUAUGAUUCCUGGUAAACGUGAAGCAGUAAUAAUAACAUCAAGUGGUAAAGCUAUUUUUUUCGAAGUCGAACAUACACACAUAACAACAUCUAGUGAACAACAAAUUUAUAUACCAGAUAAAACUAUAAUAAAACGUUUACAUGAUUUACAACAUAAUAUAACAUGUAUUGAAUGGUUUAAUAAUCACAUUAUUAUUGGAACUAAUCAAUCACAAAUAACUAUUUUUGAUUACAAUUUACAUUUUAUUAAACAAUAUGCAUCAUUAAAUAUUGGUGCUAUUAUUGGUAUUGGUAUUAGCGAAGAUAAUCAAAAUGAAGAGAAAAAAUUAAUAGAUAAACUUGAUAAUAAAAAUAAAUCUUUUCAACUUAAUGAAGUCAUUUGUCAAUCAAAUCACGCAAUUGUUGUUACACAACAAGAUUUUUCAUUGAUCAAAAUUGUACAAAAAACACCGAUGGGUCAAAUUACAGAUAUUUGUCUCAAUCCACUAUUACCAGUUUUGUAUAUAGGUACUUCCACAGGACAUCUCCAUGCUUGGCAUGGUGAAGGACGUUUUUUAUUUCUUGAUAAAUUGAUAUCAACUUCAACUAGUAUUGGAAUAUCAAAAUUAGCACUUAAUAAAAAAUAUUCACAUUUAGCUAUUGGUUUAGAUAAUGGUUUAAUUUGGUUAUAUGAUGCUAUUACAUAUAAUCCAAUUGACAAUCGUCCAUUAUAUAAUUCUCAAUCAUCUAUAAUAUUCUUAGAAUUUUCACCAAAUACACUUUUUCUUACUGCUGUUAGUCUCGAUUCAGAAAUUACAUUAUAUAUUCAAGAUAAAGAAAAAUUUCAUAUUUAUCAUAAUCAUGGACAUUAUAUAGAUCAUUCUAGUCAUAUUACUGCAAUUUUAUUUACAGAAGAUCGAAUUACAAAAAAACAACAAUUAUUUUCAUCUGAUAAUCAUGGAAAUCUUAUUGAAUAUUAUAUUGAUUAUGAACGAGAACAACCAUUUGGAAUAAAAUCUUGUAUAAAUCUUAUUGAAUAUCCAUCAUAUAUUUCUUCUAUUGUAUCCUAUUCUAUGGAUGGAAAAACUGAUUAUCUAUUAUGUUCAAUUAAUAAUGGACGAAUUAAAUUUUUUGAUAUACUUGUAAAUAAAUGUCGACAUACUCUUCAAACUAUUCCUUCAUCAUUUCAUCAGAUUAAAAUCUGGCCAGUUGAUUAUGAAAAUAUUCUUGAUACAUCAUAUCUUGCUUUUCGGACAUCAACUGCAAUUGGUGUAAUGAAAUUACCAGGAACAGGUCAUAAAAAUGAAUACGAUAUGAUUUUAGCUCAUUCAAAUGGUAUACGAACAUUUGAUGUUACAGCAAAUCAUAAUCUUCUCAUUUCUUGUGGUGAAAAAGAUAAUUGUAUAUUUGUAUGGAAAUUUGAUUUGUCAAUUAUGGAAAAACGACUAGAAAAUUCAACUAUAGAAAUAAAUAUGAAAUUAAAACAACUUGAAUCAUUAUUUUAUUAUAUUCAAUUACAAGAUGCAAGUAAUUUAAAAAUUGAACAAAUUAUUUCUUUACCUUUAAUUACGGAUUUUACUCGUGCACUUGGUAUUUAUAUAUCUGAACGACAAAUUCAAGAAUUAUAUGAUGAAGAAUGUUUUAAGAAACAUAUUCUUGAUCCAUAUAAGAUUAAAAUUAAUUUUGAUGAAACAAUUCAAAUUUAUUACAAUCAUUUUGCUAAUAAUACUAAUCAAACAUCAGCUAAUGAUAUACUUCAAUCUAUUUUUAAUGAAUUUAAAUCAUCAAAACAUUUAAAAAUUAAUAUUCAUUCACUUAUACGAAAUCUCAUGACAGAUGGAGAAAAAAUGACAUUGGCUGCUGGAGAAUUUCAUACUGUUGAACAAGCUGAUGAACUUUUUGUUAAAGAAUUUUUAAAACAUAAAGAUAAUCAUUUAUUAUCUGAACGACUUUAUUUUGUGGUUAAUUCCGCAAUAAUACCAGAAUAUCAAGGAAAAAAGUUAGCUAAACCAUUAGUAUCUGCAGUAUUAAAAACAGUCAGUGAAUAUGUAUACUGA